AGUUUAUUUCCACUCGUGGCUCAGCUCAGUUGUUUAUUUUUUACUACAGCUCGUGCAAAUCGUGGCUGUUUUACAUGAAAGUUUCUUUUUUUGUUUGUUAUUGAAUUCAAAAAGUUAAAAAUAGAGUUUCAACAUGAAUGAGACUGAUAAAGCUGAUGAACCUGAAAAAACUAUCGGAAAAUUCCGAACGAUUCUCCCACAAGUCUUAGCAAGUACAGCAAAGAAUCUUUUACUGUUGGAUCUCGGAAUGGCUGUUGCCUUUCCAACAAUUGUCAUUCCAGCCUUGAGGGGCUUGAAAGCUCACGACAACAAUGACAUUUUAUCUUUGACAGACGUUCAAGCUUCAUGGUUUGCACCGAUUGUAACGUAUGUCGGAGAAAUUUGUCAGCCAAGUAUUCGAGGUGUUCUAACAUCGUGUGCGGGUGUUGCAGUUAUGUUGGGAUUUUCGUUAGUUUAUUUUCUUGGCAGUAUAACAACAUGGAGACUAACAGCACUGAUAUGUUGUUCUGUGCCAAUUACAACUGCAAUUGCAAUUUGUUUCGUUCCUGAGACACCUUUUUGGUUGAUGGCAAAGAAUAGAAAGGAAGACGCAAUGAAAAGCCUAAUGUGGCUUCGUGGAUGGGUGUCAGAUCCGAAAAUUGUCGAGAAAGAAUUUAAAGAGAUUGAAAGAUAUAGUUCAGACUCAAAUCGUUGUGUCUCGUGUCAGAAAUCUGAUGUGAAAUGUAAUCAUAAAUCAGCAUCUACCAUUGAACUUCUCAAGGAACUUUUCCGGAAGCGAACUUUAAAGCCUUUCUCGCUUGUCAUGACAAUGUUUUUAUUCUGUCAAUUCAGCGGCUUAUCAGCGAUGCGACCUUACCUCGUGCAAAUAUUCCAAGCGUUUGCUGUUCCGAUUGAUGCAUCAUGGGCAACAGUUGUGAUUGGAAUUUUAGGAUUUGCUGCCAACAUUAUGUGCACGAUAAUCAUUAAGCCAAUUGGGAAAAGGAAAAUUGCUUUAAUUUCAAUGUUGGGAACUUGUGUCAGCAUCUCAUCAUUAGCCGUUUAUGCAUACAUUGUGCUUCCACCAGGAUUGACUUCAUUUGAUAAACAUAACUUUGACAGUCAUAACACACUCGGAUACAUUCCACUUACAUGCAUUUAUGCUUUGGCAUUCUUCACAAGUUUAGGAUUGAUGCCCGUUCCAUGGAUGUUGCUGUCUGAAGUCUUUCCAUUCAAAACGAGAAGUAUUGCGACUGGAAUUACUGCCGCAUUGAAUUACAUUAUGGCAUUUUGCACAACAAAAACUUAUUACAAUCUCGAAACGUCGUUAACACUUUUUGGAGUUGUCGCACUUUAUGCCGCAUUUGACAUCGUCGGACUUUUAUAUAUUUACUUGUUUGUACCUGAAACUGAACGACGAACAUUAGAAGAAAUUGAGCUUCACUUCUCUGACAACACUAAGAAGCUUAGUGACAUAAAAAUCAGGAAGAAUGUGAACAUGAAUGCUGAAAAAGAAGCAAAGACAAACUCGAAUGGCUUCGACAACAAAGGAUUCGAAAACACGCCAAUAGACAUGGGUAAAACUCAAAGUAAACGUUCUGUCGAUAUCUCAACUGAGCCAACAAAAGAGAUUCAAGAAGGGUCAGGAGAAGUUAAGAAACUCGACGAUGCUUAUUUCAAAGAAAAUGAAUCAUCGGACAAAGAAAACAAGGUCGUUAACGACGCAGUCGAGAACGAGAAGAAUGAAAGUGCGAAGAUAGAAGAUGCAAAUGCAGUUUCUGAUGAAAUUGUCGUUUCUGUUGUUGAGACUACUUCUGAGACGCCAAAAGUUGAUGAUGAUAAGCAACAGACGGAAGAAACAAAAGAUGCAACUCCCGAGCCUGAAAGUGCAACGAAACCGAAGAAGGAAAAAGUGAAAAAGAAGUGGUCGUUCCGAAGUCUUUCAUUUGGGCGCAAGGACAAACAAAAGCCAUCAAAGAAAGAUAAGAAAAAUGAAGAGAACAAAGCUGUUGCUGAGGGCACUAACGAUGAGGUCAAGUCAAGUGAAAUUGCUGAAGAGAAACCUAAAGAACCAGAAACAACUGUCGAAACAAAGUCAUUAGAACCAGUUAUCGAGACAGUCAUUGCUGAGGUCAAGGAAGAAGUUAAAGUCGAAGCUUCUGUUCCAGAACCAGUUCCUGCAGUCGUUGAACUCGUCAAGGAGAAGACACCCGAACCUGUCAUUGUUGCUCCAAUUGUUGAAACAAAAGUUGAAGAAAUGCCAGCAACACCAACAACAACACCUGAAGAAAAGAUUGAAGAAGAAACAACAACACUGCCAACACCAAAAGUUGAUGAAAGCCCAGUAGUGGAAAUUGAAGAGCCACCAGCAAUUCCAUCAACACCGCCACCAAGUCAAUGUUCUGUCUUUGCUGAAACAACAAUGACAAGCACACAACAAGUCAUCGUAGAAGAAAGUCUGCCUGAACCAAUUGCUGCUGCUGCUGUUGUAGAAGAAGUAAAAGAGGAAGAGAUGAAAGCAAGCAACACUGAAGUCGUGGAAAUGGAAAUUGAAAUUGAAAAUGUGAAAGAAAUUGAUGUUGAGCCAGUUGCUGAAAUGAUUGAAAAAGUUCUCGAACAAGCUGUCGAUCAUAUUGAAGCGGAAAUAAAUGAAAGAGCUGAAGAAGAUUUACCGCCACCACCAUCACCACAAUCAGUUGAGACACCACCAGCAUCGGAAAUUGUCGUUGAUGAUGAAGUUGUGACCCAGAAUGGAGUUGUCGGCGAUCAUACAACUAAUGAGCCUAUAAAACUUGAAAAUGGCGUGCAUGUAAAUGGUGAUGAAGUAAACGAGUCAAAACCUAUAAUCGAGGAACUUAAAAAAGAGGAUAAAGUUGCUGAUAAGAUUGGACCUGACUCACCACUUGCACCAGAAAUUAUUUCUGAAUAAAUUUGAAAGUAGCUGACAAAGCUAAUAAAUAAGAAAUUUGAAGGAAUUAAGAUUUUAUGUUCGUGAAUGAAAUUGUUAGAUGUCGGCACAAAAUAUCGCGCGAGUAGGUUUUUAAUUAAUAAAUUCUUUUUCUUUUUUCUUUGCUGUGACGACUUCUAUGGGUGAAUCAUUCAUGAACAGUUUUUUUUAUACAUUAGAUAUCGACUUUAAGACAUAAGCUUAAAAUUAUUCAUUUAAUGAUAGAUAUUAUUACACAACAUAAACUGUAAAGUGUGUCACGCUUGCAGCUUUUCUUUCUUUCCUUCUUUUUCACUUUUUAUACCUUUGGAAAUUUCUUCAGAUCAGAAUGAUGUUGGUUUUAGAAAAAAAGAGAAGAAAGCAUUUGGCCUAAAAAGUUCUCAAUAUAAAAAAGGAAAUUUAAUUUAAAUGCAUCAUUCCGCUUUAUGGCUAAAUUCAAUGUUGAAAUAAAUGAUCUUUUUGAUUAAACAAAAACUUGCAUAUGGUAGCUGCUUAUUUAAGUAAAUAAACAACAAAUCAAAUAGCAUUCUAAUCUUUUUUCAUUUUAUUUGUUUUCUUUUGAAAAGUUUUAAUAAAAGUCUUCAGGAAAAACAUUUUUGUCUUAUGAAAAAUAUUUGUCGGUAAAUUUUACAGUUGUCGGCUAACAUCCCUGACAAGUGCAACUAAGUAAUUAAAAACUGAUAAAACUUAACUUAAUAACAUAAAUAAAUAAAUCAUCUUCGAAAUCAAGUUAAUAUUCACAACUAUGUCCAAUUAAUUAAACACGAACAAACAUUUCUAUUGAAAGCAUAAAACUAGAGUAAAUAAUAUCAAAUGAAGCAUUGAAAAUCUUAAGAUUAAUGCUUAUUAAUGUAGAUUACAAGCUUAUUACGAAAAAGCGCUUUCUCGAUGUUUUUACAAACCAAUUGAAAAUUAAUGAGAAAACAUUUGAUGAAAAGAAAUCUUUAGUGUUGAUCUUGGGAUUUUUAAAGCCCUUAAAAAUAUCAUAGAUAAGCCAUAAGUGAACAGCAUAAAAAUUAUUAUUGAAGAAGAUUAGAGAAAGGAAAAAAAAAUUUCAUAGACCAAUUAAGAAGAAAAAAAAAUUAUUUAUAAACAUUGAUAUUGAAAUCUAAGUAUCAGUAGAUAUUAAAACAAGUUUAUCUCAUGAUUAUACGCUCAUUAAAUAUCUAAUUGUAUUAAUAAUCAAAAUAAAUCAUGAAACAUUUUUUUAAUAACGACAAGAAUGUGAGAAAAACGUGUGGUUAGAAGCCGUUAGACAGAAAUGAUGAUAGUUUAAUACUAAAGCUAGUCAACAACUUCUGUCUUAACGGUAAAAUAAGAAGAAAUGUUCGUGAAUUUAAUUCCUUUUUUUUCUUUUUUCUUUUGUUUUUGUGUACAUUUUAAUUUUCGCUCGAUUUUCCACAUGAAGAAAUAAAAUAUUUUUAAGUUUCGGUUACGAAUUUAAUAAAAUUUGGUUUCGCAAGUUGAAAAAAGAAGAACUUUAUAAAGAAUGUUCAUGCUUCGAUAAGAAUAUCUACCUAAGUAGUUUGUAAAGUUUAAAGAUGAAUCAUCAAUAUGUAUCCUACAUAAGUAUACUUCCACGUAUCUACCUAGCAAUUACUACAAUUAUAUCAAAAAUAAAAUUUAAUUCAAGGUAAUGUUUAUAAAUUACGUUAACGAUGAAAAAAAAAAUGAAAAUUUUGAGUCAAAAUGUUGUGAGUUUCAUUUCUAAAGUGAAACAGUGGUUGAUGAUUGAAAGUAAAAGUACCAGUUAAUGGCGAUACGUAAUUUAUGAACUUCUUCCUUAAUUCAUCAAUUUAUAUUUUUCACUAAUUCAUUUUCUUUACGGUGGUUGGUUAAACAAUUUAACAUCAACAAGAUAGAGACAAAAAAUUUCUUAUGACUUUUGUCAUGCCAAAAAGAAAGAAAAAACUUUUUUGUGAUUUUCUCUUGAAAAAACUUUUCACUCCAGAAGGAAAACUUUUUUUUCUUCUUGGAAAACUCCAAAGGCAUCAACUAAAUUUUAAAAAAUUGUAGCAAAAAAGAAAUUCAAAAACUUUCCACCGAAUAUUUUAAAAAAGCGUUUAAUGCAAAUCGAAUUUUUUACAAAAAUGAAGAAAAUGAUAAUGAAAAAAGAAAUUUAUGUAUUUAAGUUUUAUAUAAAUAAAGAAGAAGAAAUGAAUAAAUAUUAAUAAAUUGUAAUUCUAAGAAGGAAAAAAAUGUAAAACUCAUUCUCAAAUGAUGUGUAGAACUUACCAAUGUAUCUGUGUACCAACAACUUUCAUGCAGAAAGCAAUUCUUCAAAAUUUUGAUAAAACUUUUAUUUGAUACAACAGAAAAUCAGUUUGUGUUCUCAUUAAAUAUGUCGAGUUAUGAAUUCAAAACAUAAAUUUGGC